AUGUCCAAGACAUCUACCAAGGUUGCUGGCAAGGCCAGCAAGGCCAGCAAGGCCUUGAACAAGGUCAAGGAUGCUGGUGUCACCAAGGCUUCCCAGUCCCCCGCCGCCAAGAGCAAGGCCGUUGCCAGCAAGGUCGUCGCUAAGGAGAAGGCCUCCAAAAAGAACAAGAAGAAGGAGCCUACUCCCAGCUCCUCCGAGUCCGAAUCUGAGUCCGAUGAGGACAUGAAGGAUGCUUCCUCUAGCUCCGAGUCCGAGUCCGAGUCCGAGGAGGAGAAGCCCGCCCCCAAGAAGACCGAGAAGAAGGUCGCUGCUAAGGCUGAGUCUUCCGACUCUUCCGACUCCGACUCUGACUCCUCCGAGUCUGAGGAGGAGAAGCCCGCCCCCAAGAAGACUGAGAAGAAGGUCGCUGCCAAGGCUGAGUCUUCUGACUCUUCCGACUCUGAGUCUUCUGAGUCUGAGUCCGAGGCCAAGAAGGCCUCUUCCGACUCUGAGUCCGGUUCUGACUCUGACAGCUCUGACUCGGACUCUGACUCUGAGGAGACCCCUGUCUCCAAGAAGCGUAAGGCCGAUGAGGAGCCUGCUGCCACUGCCAAGAAGUCCAAGACCGAGGAGGUUCCCGAGGGUGCUGUCGCCAACCUGUUCAUUGGUAACCUGUCUUGGAACGUUGAUGAGGAGUGGGUCCAGCGUGAGUUCUCCGAGUUCGGUGAGCUUUCCGGUGUCCGCAUUGUUACCGACCGCGAGACUGGUCGCUCCCGUGGAUUCGGCUAUGUUGAGUACAACAGCGCCGCCGAUGCCGCUAAGGCCAUGGAGGCCAAGAAGGGUACUGAUCUUGAUGGUCGCACUAUCAACCUCGACUACGCCGCUCCUCGCCAGGCCAACACUCAGGGUGCCGACCGCUCCCAGGACCGUGCUCGCUCCUACGGUGACCAGACGAGCCCCGAGAGCGACACUCUCUUCGUUGGCAACCUUCCCUUCAGCGCUACUGAGGACGCUCUCCACGAAGUCUUCGGUGCCCAGGGCUCCGUUCUCGGAAUCCGUCUUCCCACUGAGCAGGAGACUGGCCGCCCCAAGGGUUUCGGUUACGUUCAGUUCUCUUCCAUCGAUGAGGCCAAGGCUGCCCACGCUGCUCUCAACGGCCACGAGCUCGAGGGCCGUGCUAUCCGACUUGACUUCUCUACUCCCCGUCCUGCUGGCGGUGACCGUGGUGGCUUUGGCGGCCGUGGUGGCGGUCGCGGUGGUGGCCGUGGUGGCUUCGGCGGUCGCGGCGGCGGUGGCUUCGGUGGACGCGGUGGUGGUCGCGGCGGUGGCCGUGGUGGCUUCGGCGACCGUGGCGGUCGUGGUGGUGCCCUCAACAAGGGCAAGGGCAGCAUCCCUGAGUACAAGGGUACCAAGGUUACCUUCUAA